UUGGCCUAAACCAGAAAAAUCAGAGGACCGACGGCUGUUCUUCUCUUCCCUUCAGAGAGAGAGAGCAGCGAGACGAGGGAGCAUGGAGACUGCCAUCUGCGGUCGAGUCGCUCUUUCUCCAAAUCACGUCUUCCAACCCAAGCCAGGGGAUAAAUAUUCUAUUCAAAGGCAAUGCACCAAUCGGAGUGUAUUGAUGUCAAGAUCAACUAUGGGAUCAGGGAAAGGUGGCGGGUUAUUGGAAAAACCAACCAUUGAGAAAACAACACCUGGUCGUGAGUCUGAAUUUGAUUUGAGGAAAUCAAGGAAAAUGGCCCCUCCUUAUCGUGUCUUGCUACACAAUGACAACUACAAUAAGAGGGAGUAUGUUGUCCAAGUACUGAUGAAGGUCAUACCCGGGAUGACUCUUGACAAUGCCGUUAAUAUCAUGCAAGAGGCUCAUUACAACGGCCUGUCUGUGGUGAUUAUAUGCGCACAAGCAGAUGCAGAAGAUCAUUGCAUGCAGCUUAGGGGCAAUGGUCUUCUGAGCUCGAUAGAGCCUGCAAGUGGAGGCUGUUAGACAAUAUCUGCAUGGCUCUAGUAAGUUCACCCUUUUCAAUUUUCAACACCAGUAUUGUGUCUCAAUGUACAUAGGUGGAGGAAAUAUGGGUGGAUUGUAUGUCCAUGUCUGUGAUUAAGAUAAAAACAUAGAUAGGAAAAACAUCUAUUCUACUAGAACAUGGUUCUCUCUAUCCCAAUAAUGUGGCAGUUUUUCCCUUACUUCUCUACCAAGAGGCUGUUUUCACAGCUUAGCCUGUGACCUUACUAGACCUUAUUAUUACCAUUGAAGUUUGCCUCGGUAACAAGCCAAAAAAAAGAAAAAGAAAAAGUCCCUAGUUGUGUUAUCCAGCCUUAAAUAUUGACUCCACCAUAACUAAGUUCAAGCAUUGGAUUUUCAUUCAAUUCCUAUGUUUGAAGGGACUGAGGAUACUUUCUUCUUUUUUUUUAUUUAUUCAAGAUAAAAUGAUGCUUAAAAGAUCA